UACUCACAUGGGACUGCUGAACCAGCUGUACAACUUUUAUUUUGAAGAAAAAAGUUGAGCCUCAUAUCAGGCAGUUUUAAAGACAGGGAGGGACUUAGCUUUCCAGAGCUUGACCAGCAUGUGGAAGGACUGCUCUCUUGGCUGCACUAACUCAGGGCGCUCCUACCUGGGUGCCACUAGAGUAGGAAGUUGUCUGUUUGUUUCCUUCUGUUCCCGAGGGUCCUGUGUGCUUCUCCUGCCUGUAUCAACGUGACUGUCGGUGGUUUUUGCACACCCUGCUCUGUGGGGGAGUGCCCCAACGUGCCUGUCUUAUGUGGCCUCUAUGGACACACUGCUCAGCUGGCAGAGAGCAGGGAAGUUUUCUCCCAGCACCCAAAAAGAGAAAGAGGAAACUACUUUUUCCUUCUGGGCUCCUUGCAGCACAAUAGACUUCUACAUUGCCUCCCUGGAUUUCUGGAGUGGUUUCCAGGAAGAAGUUAAACUUUUACCUUUAAAUGGAUGACCAUGUCACAAUCAGGAAGAAACAUCUCCAAAGACCCAUCUUUAGACUAAGAUGCUUAGUGAAGCAGCUGGAAAAAGGUGAUGUUAACGUCGUAGACUUAAAGAAGAACAUUGAAUAUGCAGCAUCUGUGUUGGAAGCUGUUUAUAUUGAUGAAACAAGAAGACUGCUGGAUACCGAUGAUGAGCUCAGUGACAUUCAGACUGAUUCAGUCCCAUUGGAAGUACGGGACUGGUUGGCUUCUACUUUUACACGGAAAAUGGGGAUGAUGAAAAAGAAAUCUGAGGAAAAGCCAAAAUUUCGAAGCAUCGUGCAUGCUGUUCAAGCUGGAAUUUUUGUGGAAAGGAUGUACAGAAAGUCCUAUCACAUGGUUGGUUUGGCAUAUCCAGAAGCUGUCAUAAUAACAUUAAAGGAUGUUGAUAAAUGGUCUUUUGAUGUAUUUGCCUUAAAUGAAGCAAGUGGAGAGCACAGCCUGAAGUUUAUGAUUUAUGAACUGUUUACCAGAUAUGAUCUUAUCAAUCGUUUCAAGAUUCCUGUUUCUUGCCUAAUUUGCUUUGCAGAAGCUUUAGAAGUUGGUUACAGCAAGUACAAAAAUCCUUAUCACAAUUUGAUUCAUGCAGCUGAUGUCACUCAAACUGUGCAUUACAUAAUGCUUCAUACAGGUAUCAUGCACUGGCUCACUGAACUGGAAAUUUUAGCAAUGGUCUUUGCUGCUGCCAUUCAUGAUUAUGAGCAUACAGGAACCACAAACAACUUUCACAUUCAGACUAGGUCAGAUGUUGCCCUUUUAUAUAAUGAUCGCUCAGUCCUUGAGAAUCACCAUGUGAGUGCAGCUUAUCGGCUUAUGCAAGAAGAAGAAAUGAAUGUUUUGAUAAAUUUAUCCAAAGAUGACUGGAGGGAUCUUCGGAACCUAGUGAUUGAAAUGGUUUUGUCUACAGACAUGUCAGGUCACUUCCAGCAAAUUAAAAAUAUAAGAAACAGUUUGCAGCAGCCUGAAGGGAUUGACAAAGCCAAAACGAUGUCCCUGAUUCUCCAUGCAGCAGACAUCAGCCACCCAGCCAAAUCCUGGCAGCUGCACCACCGGUGGACCAUGGCCCUGAUGGAGGAGUUUUUCCUACAGGGAGAUAAAGAAGCUGAGUUAGGACUUCCAUUUUCCCCACUUUGUGACCGGAAGUCAACGAUGGUGGCCCAGUCACAAAUAGGUUUCAUUGACUUCAUAGUAGAGCCAACAUUUUCUCUUCUGACAGAUUCAACAGAGAAAAUUAUUACUCCUCUUAUAGAGGAAGCCUCAAAAACAGAAACUCCUUCCUAUGGGGCAAGCAGUGUUGAUUUGUUUAGACGAUCAAAUAUGAAGGGCACCAUGAACGAUGGAACCUAUUCCCCAGACUACUCCCUUGCAAGCGUGGACCUGAAAAGCUUCAAAAACAACCUGGUGGACAUCAUCCAGCAGAAUAAAGAGAGGUGGAAAGAGUUAGCUGCACAAGGUGAACCUGAUCUUCAUAAGAACUCAGAAGACCUAGUAAAUGCUGAGGAAAAACAUGCUGAUACACACUCAUAGGUUUGAAAUACCUUAAAGGCUUCUGUCAUGUUAAACAUGAAAGAUUUUAUUUCAGGAUAAUGAGAACGGGACAAAAACAUCCUAAAUCCUCAACUUUCCACAAAGCGAUGUUCUCCUUUUCAACACACACGUGGAUCAGGCCAUUUUAAUGGACUCCUAUAUAAGGAACUAAUAAGAAGAACAUAAAUUCUGAGCUAGUAACUCUGGCCAAACAAACACAUUCAAAGUUGCCAUUUUUCUUGGUCAGUGCUUCUGCCAUUGUCUUUCCUCCAAAAGACAGUCUUGGAGGAAAUGUGUUGGUUGUUUUCAUCCAGCUUUUUCAAUCAAGUUAAGGAAAUUUUUAAGACAAAAGUUGGAUAGUUUAAAAUUGUCAUCACUUUGAACCGGUAAUAGUAUAGGUGACUAUGUGAUACGUGUGCAAAAGAUGAGGCAUUUUUAAAAUUAACUUUCAUGUAUUGUUUUAUGCAGAGUUGUGUAAUUACAAAUAUUUCAAGGUUUUAAGUAAAAGGAAAGCAAAACAAAAUUAUGGGCAAAAAUUUUUUUGUAGCUCUGAAGAACAGGCUAGAUUGUCCCUCUUUUAAAUACAUGGGAACAGCAUGAGGGGUGGAGCUGUUCAGAAGCUGUGGUUGAAGUCCCAUGAUGACACUGGAGCUUUACCCUGGUCCCACGACCUAAUGACCACUUCAUUGUAACUGUCAAGCUGGGAAACUGCAGUGAAACCUGUCCCUGGAAGCAGUGGACCAACUUGCCUCCAUCUCUGUGGUUUCAGAGCACUGAUACAUCACCCACACGGGCGUCAUCACAAUGCAAGUCACACAUUACCUACGCUCUGGGAUAACAAGAACCUCCAGCCAUUUUUGGAGACAGAUGUUAGUGCUCAGAUUGGAAUUUGCCUUCUGGGGUGUUGAUCCCAUUAGGACACGACAAAAUAUAUUACAGGCCAAGGGAUAAGUGACAAGAAGUGUGUGUGUGUGUGUGUGUGUGUCUGUACUCAAAAAUAUCUAUGAAGAUGGAAGCCCACACUUUUCUGUACAGAUAAUAAGAUAAUAGUAUUGGGUGUGACUUUAUAAUUUUCCUACACAGAAACGAACUGCAAUUCUUGGAGACUCUGCUUCCUUGUCAUGUUUUGCCUGAGCAUGUGCAGAGCCCUUCCUUUGCUCCAAACUGAAGAACUACUUUUAUUUGUUAUUAGCUGACAAGAAAAGUCAGGCACAAUUAGGUGUUGUAACUUUUCACUGUGCGAACACGUCGAUGAUCCUGCGAUGAAUCUGUCUUUGUGAAAGGUAGAAACUGAAUGGAAAAAAACAAGAGUAGCCAUCAAUUAAAGAAUAAAGUGAAGGAGGGUCCAUCCAUCCAAUGAGUUUUCUGUUGCACCUGCUUUUUUCCUGGGUUCCAUGAUGCUAAGCAAUAUUUUAGAAAUUGAUAGAAUCAGAAGCUUUUAAGUCUGAGUGGUGGGAUUUUAUAACCCACAACUUAGAUCUCCUUUAAUGUGUAAGCCAUAUUCUAUAUGCAUAUUAGGUAUGCAUCAUUCUAAUUUAAGAUAUAUUUAUGCAUAGACUGUGCAUAAAAUGCUUUUAAAUGUUCUGUGAAUAAGGUCCUUAAUUUUUGUUUCACCUGAAUCUUGUGUAGAACUGAGCUAAAUAACUGAAUUGUAUCAUAGACAUUAUAAUGCAAUUGAUAUUUUAAAUGUAAGCAGUACAAAUUGAUCUAUGAUGAUAUGUUGGGGGAAAUUUAUAGAUAUGUACAUCAUGGUGACUUUUUGUCUUUUAAAAAAAUGGACUUUUUAUUUCUAUUUAUGAAGACAUUAUAACUACUGCUUUCAAAGUCUUUUUAAAAGUAGCUAUUUACCAGCUAGAAAAUAUUCUGCAUUUAAAAUAGAAUCUGACUAUCUGGGAAGUGUAAUUACUUUUGUUCUUAUUUGAGCCAGUUGUCUUUCGGGAAAGCUAGAGAACCUCUCCAGGGAGAAGUAAAUUGAAACAUCGCUUCUCAAUUGUCAUAGGAAACUUGUCUAUUUUGUUCCUAUUGAUACUUUAAGAUCUAUAGGCUUUGUUACGAAAACAAAAAUUGAGAAAUAUAAUGAAUUCAUCAGUGUCUGUAUAUGGGCUUUCACCUAAUUUCCCAGGUUAUUUAACUUAUAAAGCACUGUGACUGAAUUUCCAGAGGGAGUGGAGAAAACACGCUCCACUUCAGAAGAAUUGUCACGCUGUUGAUACGCUUUUUCUUUUUCUAAUCUCCCCUCCUUUCUCCAUUCCCUCCUUCCCCUCCCCUGUUCGCUUCCCUUGUUCUUUCUUUUCUUCCAAGAGGGCUACUAACUAGUGCUGACUAGAGGGAGUGGGCGUGGAGGUUACUAGUGCCCAUCCCCCUGCAAACACCAGGGAUGGGUGAGAGGGUCAAUGAGUCAGGCCGCUGCAUCUUGGAUGUCCUGCUUUGCAUUUUUAUCCUCAGCUCCACAACAUAUAUUCAACAAUUUCAUGCGCCUUUUUAUUUAACCAGUAGCUGUUUUAAUUUUUAACUUGACAAGCUACAAUUCUUGUGUUUUUAUUCUACUGUAGUUCUCUGUAUUUCCUAUUACAUAUGAUUGUUAAAUAAAUCAUACUUGAGGGAAAAUAUUGUGAAA